AUGGCAGUUACUAACUCUAGUGAGGCGGUUCCAACAACUUGCAUCGCCUCCCCAGCGGGUUGUCUGAUCCCCAUCCCAUUUCUGCCAGUUAUCGCCAACGAUACGGUUGAUAUAGACGAUGAGGAGAUGGAAGUCGACACAAUAGGGUUUGACAGGAUCGCUCAAUUCUACUUUUAUGGCGUUUGUCGAUCAGAGGAGUUCUUGAGCGCAUUCCCCUUUUGUUUUAACCCCAAGCUUGCCUUUUUGAAACCUCAGCAUGUUGUCACGGCCAUCGAACUGGAACAGGUUGCUUUUCAACAUUCUGUAAGAGGAUUCUGUAGCCCACUGGUCGAAUAUCGCGUCAGGUUUUCUUACAACCUUAGUUUCGGUCUAUUCAACAUCUGUGACAUGACCGAGCGGAAAGACUGGUGGAUGGUGACCAAAGUACGAGGGUGGAACAUUGAUGGCUGCCCUGAAGACGUCAGGAGGCUCAUGUUCGUCCAUAUCAUCGCAACCUUAGGGUGCAGCCCUGUGGUGACCGACGAGGACAUGGACUAUCCCAAGAACUGGUUGAAAAUGCUCCAUGGCGACGAAAGCUCUCCGAGCGAGCUUGUUGGCCACCGGCCCGAUGGCCGGACAGUAUGUAUUCAUUCGAUAGCCGUCUGCCCUCGCCUCCAAGGCCUGGGCCUUGGCACUGCUACUUUGAAGUCAUACGUUCAGCGUCUGAACAGCGCAGGUCUUGCGGACCGUGUCGCUCUUAUUUGUCGCAAAUCCGAGACCAGGUUCUUCCAGAAAUGCGGCUUCAGGAAUAUUGGUAGAAGCGAUACCAAGACUCUCCCUGGCGAAUUCUAUAACAUGGUUUUCGACCUACCCGGCCGCAAAGAUUUCAUUGAUUGGAAUCAAAUCGAGAAGGAUGCCCAACAGUACUGA